UUUGUAAGUGGAGGGAUGGGGGGAGGAGAGGUUUACAGAGUGAAAAUCUACACACGUUAAAAGGACAAGCAUCAGAAGCUAGAAGCUGCAGCGAAAGAAGUUUGUGUGGGGGAAAAGCAACUUAAUACUCUUCCCCCACCGACCGUGACACAAGGCACUCCAGGCUGGGAUGGUUUCCAAACCUCCUCGCACCCCCAAACUAGAAAACCAAGCUGCGCCGGAAAAAAAACAAAACAAGCAAACAGACAUUUUAUGCGCCUUUUGUACAGAAGCACGAAAGGCCCAACGGACGGACAACAAACAACGGCUAAGAUGCAGCGGUCCAAAUUACCUGUUUACCGUCCGAGACACCCACAAAAUGCCAUGCCUCCAAUGGAGGCCCCGACUGCCAAGAUGCUCAGAACAGAUAAAGUCUCACGGCCAUCUUUGAGAAAGCUCCCUGUGCUCCCAGAAUUUGAGAAAGAUUUACCUCGGACAUUUAAUUUUUCAGAGAAAAAGUCUAGUGCUGUCCUGUUUGAGGCAACAGCACAGCCAAGUAAACAGACGUUAAAUAAAAGAAAGAAAAUACCCCCUCUAUCAAGGAUGACUCGUGCUGAUAUGGAAAAGUACAUGGCACUGAGAGUGGUUGAAACAGAGCUUAGAGACCAAAAUCAACUCUUGGAAGUUGCCCAGCAGCAGUUAAAGCAGGAACUGAAGAUGGCAAAGGACCAAACAGAGGAGUUAACGGCAAGGACAAAGAGUUUGCAAUCUGAGAAGGAAACACUAAUCAAGAGGCUUCAGAACUGCACAACUGUACUGGAAAAUAACCUGAUUGAUCCUGUUUCAGCCAAUAGAAUAAUUGAAGAACAUGAUCAAAAGAAUGCAUGCCGAAGGGAUGUAAUGGUACUUGUGGAGAAUCUCCUGGCAGAACUACAAACAUUGGGAAAAUUCACAGAAGAAAAGAGGGGGAGGUUCCAGGUGACGAGGCUGAAGUUGGAGAACGCAAAGGAGGAGAGUGCUAGAAUCGUACAAGAGACAGAUUUGAUCCAGAAGGACCUGGAGGAGUGGAGAAUAUCUUUAAACCAAUCAAAACAACUUUUACAUCCGGACUUUGAAUGCGCUUAUCCUUGCGAUUAUAAUGAAUCACUUUAAGGUGUAUAUAUUGAUUGUGUAUGUUUAAUAAAGUUGCACAAAGGGAAUAAUGGAAUCAGCCUGUUAAGAUCUUGAACCAUUGAUAUACUGAUAUCACUCAAUAGACAAAUCACUGAAAUCUAUCCCCAAGGUAAACUAACUUGGAUGUUAUGUUAUUCUGAUUUAUGUGCUAUUGCCUUCCUUACAGUAUUUUUCAUUUAUAGAAAUGCUUUUGGUCAAACCUUCAGCUAACUAUCUGAACUGUCUUGAGCUACUGUGUCACAAAACUUGACAGAUGCUGUAGAUAGUAUUUAACCUGCAAAUAUGGAUUUCAGUGCAAGAUAAAAUUUGUGGGCUUUUAUGAAAGGAAGUUAGUAAGUUUAAAGUUAAGGCAGAUUGUCUGUUUCAAUGCUGAAUACAGAAUAAUUGGCCUAAUAAGUCCAAACUGACAAUUUGUCUGAUAUGAUGGAUAAACCAAUUGUCUUAAUAUUAUCAACAGCCCAUAUCACUCUCUUGCCUCAAAGUUUCAAUCACUAUUGGACUUGGUCUCGGCUUAUCUUUUAAAUGGUGCAGUAUAGGCGAGUACAAUGUUUAUGGACUUGGGUAACUAAUUAGUUCCAAGCCAUACUUUUCAGGUUGCUUUGUUUAGUGCCUGCCCUUACCUGAAGUAUAUUUUUGCAUUUAUUCAAUAAAUUUAACUUGCUAGGCCAUUUCAGAGGGCAAUUGAAAGUCAAUCACAAAGAACAGUUGGUAUCCUUCAGGUGAACAAUACACAGCCUAAUUAUACCUUCAUUACAAACCUUUAUUACAAAAAAUGUCAAUGGAUAUGACUAAAACAUAAAUAUAUUUAAAUUAUUCAUGUGAAACCAUUUUUAGAUUUUGUAUGUGGGAUUACCAAAUAAAGUGUG